GACGCGCACAGUGGCUUUGGCGUGGUGACCUCAACCACUAAAAUGAAGUCACGUAAUCUAGACUCUUUUGGAAAUAGGUUUUUGGUCACUUUAAUACGCGAUGUUAUAACCAAAUGGGUUGUUAAUUCUUUAAAUAAAUGUCAUGAACAUUUACCUGAAAUACCUGAUUGAGCAUAGCCGUCUGGUUUUGUAUAAGGAAUUACCGUUUCGUCACAAGUAAUUAGUUAAGCGGACAAUUUGUGAACGUUAGCCAUAAUAUAUUUUUAAUAGAUUGUUCACCGUAAUUGUUAGUCAGUGUCAAUGAAGCAGUCUUGUAGACUGCACGUAAUUUUUUUCUUACAAGUGAUAUAAAAAGUAUUUUACCCGAGUAAUUUGCAAACAGCAAAAAUGGUGCUGAAAAUAGUUACUGCAGUGAAUUUAGCCCUACUACUGUCCGAGUUUUGUAUAUUGAGUGCAGAAGAAGUUUCGAAAACAAGUAGUAAUCAAGUCACUCCGUUAAGUUCCGCACAACCAAGGCUUUUCGAUCUCGGCACCAUGGGAGCCCCAAACUUUGGUCGGGGAAGAUUCGGAAAUCCGACAAGUAAUUAUCCAGCGAAUCCCUUUUUCCCUAACGGAAAUCAGAAUAAUAAUAUGGGAAGACCACAGAACCAAGGAAAUUAUCCAAAUGGACAAUACCUAGGAGAUUAUCCUAAUCAACAGGGUUAUCCGUAUCAGGGUGAUAGCAUGAAUCCGAACGCUAAAUACCCAGGGCCUCAGUACCAAAAUCCUAAUCAAGGAAACUUUCAGAACUUACCAAACGGACGCAACCUAAACGGAGGCGGAUUCCCAAACCAACAAGAAUUUCCAUACCAGGGAGAUAAUAUGAACAACAACUUUCCGAACACACAAUUUCCUACUGGGCCUAACAAUCCAUCAAUGAACACAGGGAAUAUAAACAGACCUUUUCAGAAUGGAGGUAUUCCUAAUCAGGGUGACCGGAGACCAUAUCCAGGAAACUUUAAUCCCGACUUUAGGCCUGAUGAUUUAAAUAAUGUGAAUAAUCCAAAUGCCCAAUUUCCAGGCAAUCAUAAUCAAAAUCAAUAUAACCCACCAACCGGAUUUCCUUAUCAGAAUAAUCCAGGUUUCGGACAGCCAGAUAACCGUCCAAUAUAUUCUUCAAACAAUUUGAAUGGAAAUAUUCCCCAAUUUCCAAAUAUGAACCGUCCUGGUCAGUUUAAUCCAGGUUUUGUAAAUCCAGCGAUAGUAUUCCCAGGGCCUACUUACAAUCCUGCUAAUUAUACAAACAUACUUCAGAAUCGGCCUCAGAGACCUAACAACCAAGGAUCAAAUUUCACAGACUAUCCAAAUUAUAACAAUACUGGGUCCACAUUAGGAAACCCUGUGGUUGUGGGGCCGGGUACUGCAACGCAAGGCCAAGCUUCGUUUGGCAGCAGCACCGAGAGCCCAACUCAGAGAAAGUGUAUCGAAGACUGCGCCGCAACGUCGGAGUACAACCCGAUAUGUGGAACAAAUAAUGUGACUUAUGUUAACCCGGGCAAUUUUAUUUGCGCACGAAACUGUGGUGUUGUCGUGUACCUCCAGAAGCAAGGAAGAUGUGACGCAGUAAACCCCAGGCCAGUACACUAAGCAUACAUCGAAAUCCGGAAACAGGAAAUUUAAUUAUUAUACUUUAAUUAAAGUAUUUACAAUAUAUAAAAAUAGUCAUAAAACUAUGUGAACAGUGUUCAGAAUUUGAUCACGUAAUAAUUUGAUUUUUUUACGUGUCCCAUUGUGAUUUUUCAAACAAGGUUUUAACCAGAACUGUGUGUAAAUGUUUUGCUAAAAUUUUAAUAUUUUAUUUUAUUCAAUAAGUUAUGCUCUGUUUUAGUUAAGCAUUGCGAUUAGAAAACUCAGUCAGUCUGAGCUUUGUACUAUAUGUUUUCAAUUCAGUAUCACACAAAUAUUGAUUUUGAUUCAUUUUAUGUUGGGUUAUAGCAUUAUAAUUAGAUAUGUAUUUUAGGCAACCCGCAACUUUACAAGGUGGAUAUUUGUGACAUACGUUUGGGACGCCCAAAUCCUUUUGAAGGUCUUUUAUAAUGGGAGUUCGGUUUGUGGACACAGAAAAGGUUUAAGACCGUUCAUGUAGAUUUGAAAUAUCGUAGUUUUAUAUACCAGCUCAAUAGAACUACUGAAUCUGGGAAAGAAGGGAUCUGCAUUUACUUAUCAUUAAAAAGCAAGCAAUUUAAUAAAGCCACAUAAAACUAUUUCAAGCUUAGGCACAUCAAAAUGAAUUCAAAUCUGCAAAGCCAAGCAAAUUCUACUGUACAUAAUUGACAGUAUACUCUUGAUAGCACGUAAAAAUUUAUAACACUAUCCAAUAUGAAACCACUCUUACUAGCAAAAUGGCUUUCCAAUAGAGACUAAGCGAACUAUAACACUAUCGAUAUCCUUUGGCGCCCAACUCGCCUUUGUAAGUAUUUUUCGGUAUCUCCGAGUAAAAUAAUUGGUUUGGGAAAGUAAAACAAGCUGGAUACAAAGCCACAAAGCUGCGAUACCUACGAGUUUCUGGUAGGCGAGGCGCGCUGGCAAACGAUUGUCGAAUCACUGCGCACUUGCUACUAAAUCGGAACUGUCGUUAAGCUUAUCGGGUAGGUACAUGUGACUCGUUUACGUCGAUGACGUCACGAUCUCGUAACGACCCAACUUCGAGAAUGAUAACAGACAAUAAUAUGUUGAUAUAUCAAAUUAUUUCACGUAAUCUCUUUUUAUUUUUAUAGUUCCGUCAAUUUUCGUCACGCGAUGAGGGCCGCUUCCAUAAUAAUUUUACCGCUUUAUUUAUGUAUGACGCAAUUGAAUAUUACGAGCAAAACAACUUAUCGAGCAGCCCUAUUUAUUAGUCAUUGAUAACAAAUCGAAUAGAAUUACAACAUGAUCGUAGCAUUAAUAAAAAUACUUCUAACGAAAAAAAUGUUUUUCGAUGAACAAUGUUUUGUUGUAGUAUGCUUGGUAAAUGGAUAUUUAAGAUUAAUAAAUGCUUAAAUAUUGAUUAUGGUUUCUUUGGUGUACAAAAUAAAAUAAAAAAAUAGUUCAU